AGGCUGGACAGCUGGGUUUGCUGGGGUAUUUUUAAAUGCAUUAAUGCAGGCUCCAAUCACUCGGCCAUGCUUGACCUAUUUUUGGCUCAGGCCGACCAUUGUUCUAUUUCUGUGCCUGUGGGCCAUGCUGUUGUUGAUUCAUAUGCAAAUGGAUUAUCACUAGCUUUAGCCAACUUGAGCUGAGAGAGACUGAGAAAGGAAGAGAGAGACACACAAACAGCUAGGACACCACCAGCAGCGGGCGGGAGCCACUUGCAGCGCUGAGGGUUCUUGCAGUGAAACCCUUGCAGACUGAAGAGUUAUAAGCCAGAUGGGGUGGCCGGUCGGGAGCAGCUCUUGGCUCAGCAAAGAAUGCACAGCAUGAUCAGCUCAGUGGAUGUAAAAUCGGAGGUUCCUGUGGGCUUGGAGCCCAUCUCACCUUUAGACCUAAGGACAGACCUCAGGAUGAUGAUGCCCGUGGUGGACCCUGUCAUCCGUGAGAAGCAACUGCAGCAAGAGUUACUUCUUAUCCAGCAGCAACAGCAAAUCCAGAAACAACUCCUGAUAGCAGAGUUUCAGAAGCAGCAUGAGAAUUUGACAAGGCAGCACCAGGCUCAGCUCCAGGAGCACAUCAAGUUGCAACAGGAACUUCUAGCCAUAAAACAGCAGCAAGAACUCCUAGAAAAGGAGCAGAAACUGGAGCAGCAGAGGCAAGAACAGGAAGUAGAGAGGCAUCGCAGAGAGCAGCAACUUCCUCCUCCUCUCAGAGGCAAAGAUAGAGGACGAGAAAGGGCGGUGGCAAGCACAGAAGUAAAGCAGAAGCUUCAAGAAUUCCUGUUGAGUAAAUCAGCAACGAAAGACACUCCAACGAAUGCAAAGAAUCAUUCCGUGAGCCGCCAUCCCAAGCUCUGGUACACGGCUGCCCACCACACGUCACUGGAUCAAAGCUCUCCACCCCUUAGUGGGACAUCUCCAUCCUACAAAUACACAUUGCCAGGAGCCCAAGAUGCCAAGGAUGAUUUCCCCCUUCGGAAAACUGCCUCUGAGCCCAACUUGAAGGUGCGGUCCAGGUUAAAACAGAAAGUGGCAGAGAGGAGAAGCAGCCCCUUACUCAGGCGGAAGGAUGGAAAUGUUGUCACUUCAUUCAAGAAGCGAAUGUUUGAGGUGACAGAAUCCUCAGUCAGUAGUGGUUCUCCAGCAUCUGGUCCCAGUUCACCCAACAAUGGACCAGCUGGAAAUGUAACUGAAAAUGAGACUUCUGUGUUGCCCUCUACUCCACAUGCUGAGCAACUGGUUUCACAGCAGCGCAUUCUAAUUCAUGAAGAUUCCAUGAACCUGCUAAGUCUUUAUACGUCCCCUUCUCUGCCCAAUAUCACGUUGGGGCUCCCAGCCAUGCCAUCCCCACUCACUGCUUCAAAUCCACUCAAAGAAAAGCAGAAAUGUGAGACACAGACACUCAGGCAGAGUGUUCCUCUGCCUGGACAGUAUGGGGGUGGCAUCCCGGCAUCCUCGAGCCACGCUCAUGUCACUUUGGAGGGAAAGCCCAACAGCAGUCAUCAGGCUCUCCUGCAGCAUUUACUGUUGAAAGAGCAAAUGCGACAGCAGAAGCUUCUUGUGGCUGGUGGAAUACCCUUGCAUCCUCAGUCUCCCCUAGCAACAAAAGAAAGAAUUUCACCUGGUGUUAGAGGUACACACAAACUGCCCCGUCACAGACCCCUGAAUCGAACCCAGUCAGCACCUUUGCCUCAGAGCACGUUGGCUCAGCUGGUCAUUCAGCAGCAACACCAGCAAUUCUUGGAGAAGCAGAAACAAUAUCAGCAGCAGAUCCACAUGAACAAACUGCUAUCAAAGUCUAUUGAACAACUGAAGCAACCAGGCAACCACCUGGAGGAGGCGGAGGAGGAGCUUCAGGGGGACCAAGCCAUGCAGGAAGACAGAGCGCCCUCUAGUGAGAACAGCGCUCAGAGCGACUGCAGUGCUUCUGUGGGGGACGCACUGGGACACGGAGCUGUGAAGGUCAAGGAGGAGCCAGUGGACAGUGAUGAAGACGCUCAGAUCCAGGAAAUGGAAUCUGGGGAGCAGGCUGCUUUUAUGCAACAGCCGCCCUUGCUGGAGGCCUCGCACACACGUGCGCUCUCUGCGCGCCAGGCUCAGCGGGCUGUGGUUGGCAUGGAUGGAUUAGAGAAGCUUCGAUUCCUCUCCAGGACCCACUCUUCCCCUGCAGCUUCGACGUUGCCUCACCCAGCAACAGACGGCCCCCUCCAGCCUGCCUCUGCAACUGGCAUUGCCUAUGACCCUCUGAUGUUGAAACACCAGUGCAUUUGUGGCAAUUCCACCACCCACCCUGAGCAUGCUGGACGAAUUCAGAGCAUCUGGUCACGACUGCAAGAAACGGGGCUCCUAAAUAAAUGUGAGCGAAUUCAAGGUCGAAAAGCCAGCCUGGAGGAAAUACAGCUUGUUCACUCUGAACAUCAUUCAUUGUUAUAUGGCACAAGCCCCCUGGAUGGGCAGAAGCUGGACCCCAGGAUCCUUCUAGGUGAUGACUCCCAAAAGUUUUUUUCCUCAUUACCUUGUGGUGGACUAGGGGUGGACAGUGACACCGUUUGGAAUGAGCUGCACUCGUCUGGUGCUGCACGCAUGGCUGUUGGCUGUGUCAUCGACCUGGCUUCCAAAGUGGCCUCAGGAGAGCUGAAGAACGGGUUUGCUGUUGUGAGGCCCCCUGGCCAUCAUGCCGAGGAAUCUGCCGCCAUGGGCUUCUGCUUUUUUAAUUCAGUUGCAAUUACCGCCAAAUACUUGAGAGACCAACUAAAUAUAAGCAAGAUAUUGAUUGUAGAUCUGGAUGUUCACCAUGGAAACGGUACCCAGCAGGCCUUUUAUGCUGACCCCAGCAUCCUCUACAUUUCACUGCAUCGCUAUGAUGAAGGGAACUUUUUCCCCGGCAGUGGAGCCCCAAAUGAGGUUGGAACAGGCCUUGGAGAAGGUUACAAUAUCAAUAUUGCCUGGACAGGUGGCCUUGAUCCCCCCAUGGGAGAUGUUGAGUACCUUGAAGCCUUCAGGACUGUCGUGAUGCCUGUGGCCAAAGAAUUCGCUCCAGACGUGGUCUUGGUUUCUGCUGGAUUUGAUGCAUUAGAAGGCCACACCCCUCCCCUAGGGGGAUACAAAGUGACAGCAAAAUGCUUUGGUCAUUUGACGAAGCAAUUGAUGACGUUGGCUGAUGGACGUGUUACGUUGGCUCUAGAAGGAGGACAUGAUCUCACAGCCAUCUGUGAUGCAUCAGAAGCCUGCAUAAAUGCCCUUCUUGGAAACGAGCUGGAGCCGCUUGCUGAAGAUAUUCUCCACCAAACCCCCAAUGUGAAUGCUGUUACCUCUUUACAGAAGAUUAUUGAAAUUCAAAAACUGCUGGUGAGCCCAUGGAAGAGGAGCCAGCCUUGUGAAGUGCCAAGUCUCUCCCGAUAUUUCCUGUGUGUGACAUCAUUGUGUAUCCCCCCACCCCAGCACCCUCAGACAUGUCUGCUGCCUGGGUGGCACAGUUCAGUGGAACAUAAACACCGGGCACAGAUUUCUGAACAGCAGCUUCACUUGUGCGUUGGAUGGACUUGAAAGGGCAUUAAAGAUUCCUGAAACAGAACCGCCGUGAUUCUAAAGUUUCAGUAAACCACGAUUGGAAGAAACUGCUUCCAGCGAACUUUUAUGCUGGGUGACCCACUCCCAGACACAAAGUAGGCGCUAGAAAGCUUCCACCAGAGCAUUAGAUACCGUUAAUUUCAGAAGCUACAACAGUCAGUGAAAUUUGGGACAAUGCCUGCAGAGAUUCUCAUUCUUCACAUUCUGCUCAGUGUUUUAUUAUAUAGGUUUCUGUCAAACAGUCUUAAGUUGUUUACAGGAUUUGUUUCCAGCUAUGAAUGGGUGGGAAUUUCACUCAGAUUGUAGUGGGUUUAGGGGAUUUUGUUGUUGUUUUUGGCCAUUUUCUUUUGAUGCCUUUGUUUGAACACACAGUUCAACUCAUCCUGGUGAAAGUUCAAGAUGGAGGACACAGGCUGCCGCUAACCCCCCUCCCCAGUGGAAUAAACCACAUGGUCUCUCAAAGCCCAAAUGCCAAAGGAACACCACACACUGUAUACAAUGGUGCAAUAUUUCGUGUCCUACUUUUGAGAAAAAAAAAAAAUGCCCUGCUUCACUAACUUUUGCCUCAUGUCACAUAAGGACCAUUUGCAAUUGUGUUGGACAAUGAGGUCUCCCCACUCCCAUGUAACCCUGUUUCUGAUGGUGAGUGCCCCAAGUAUAUGUUCCAUGGAAGAUUUGCAGUGUCUUUGAAAAGCAUGUAACUUUUCAAAGAUGCUCUUUUUUAUUUUUCAAUUCUACCAAAAACUACCCUCACCUCCUUUCUUUUGCUGCCCUCCUCCCAUUUGCUUCUUUUUUCUUCCCUUUAACCUUCCUUUCUCUAGAAAUCAUGAAGAUCACACACAUCUCCCCACUACUCAGUCACUUUGAGUAUUGACUCUAUUUCCUUUACUUCCCAGGUAAUUGCUUUGUUUAAUCUGUUUUCUUAGCUAUGACAUCAUUGAUGAGAGUAUGGCUUAAGAAAUGUCACUGAGGUUUCUAGAUCUUUGAAGUGUGUUAUUGAAGACUCCAGUUAUCACAAGUCCCCUUGGAUGGAACUAACCGAGAAGGGUGCCUUCAAUUUGAAAACAACACAAAAUUUAACCAUUGAACAGGCUGCCUUAGUGGCAAAGAAUAAAAUGAUAAUAAUAACAACAACAACAGCAACAAUAAUAAUAAUAAUAAUAAAGGACAUGUAUUUCUCAGAUUAAAAGCAGCUUGCUAAGUACAAUAUAAGCAAGUUAUCCCCCUACCUCUGAAAAUUCCACUUCAAUGUAUAACUCAAACACCUGAAGAGAGGGAGGUGGAGCGCCUCACAUAUUUAAUAUCUGACAAUGCUUUUGAAAGAGUUGAUGUUUCUUUUUAUAUAUUUUCCUAACUCAAAGGAAAUAUUAAAGCCAUAAGUGAAGAUUGUCAUGCUUUUAUUCCAAAAUCUGAAAGAAACCUUAAUUAAAACAAGGUUUUAGGGAAAGCCAUGAUAUGAAAGAUAUGGAACAAUGUGGUUUUGGUUAAGGAGGACUCUAACCUGUAAAUCAAAGAUGAAAGAUUUCACUCAAGUAGAAUUAUAUAACUCCCUUUUGUUAUAUAGUCAGACCAUAUUUUUCAUGCAUUUGGUUUUUUUAGGAUUACCAUUUUAAUUUUAAAGACUUUUAUUACAUAUACAAAAAUGGCUCAGUACUUGGUUUAACAUCUUAGAAAUUUGAGAUACCCUUUGAAAUCGGAAAUCAUAAAUGGAAUAUAACUCAGUUUUAGGUAAAAAUUAUUUUCAUUGCAGAAGGUUUAGGUCAAUCUAGACUCAUAAUAGUAAUGAAUUUUUUGUAAAUUUCAUUUUCUUCAUAUUUUCAGAGAAAUUGAUGCGAAUUAUAUUUGUUAGCUCUUGUUUUUUGUAGUAAUUGCUUAAGGAAAUUUACUUAAAGAAAACCAAAGUAUUGUAAAACAGACGUUCUUCCUUUAAAAAGAAAAAAAAAUACCAUGUCAUACUUAGAAAUAUAAGUGUUUUGUAAUCAACUUCAUAAUUUAAAAUCCCUUGCUUUUUAGUCCUUCCAAGUAUAUUUUAGAUGUAUAGUAAAAUGAAGCAGGUAGCAUAAACAUGCUAAUUCGGUGAUGUUCUCUGCAAUAACAUGGCCACAUCUUUAACACAAGCCAUCAAUCAGAUAAAGCCAAAUCACAAAUUGGAAAGUAUGUAUUAAAGAGUCAAUCAAGCAUCUUUCUAUGUGACACCAUACCUAACUGGUUGCAGUUAAAAUUAUUAGGAUACUGGGAGGGAAAGAUAAACUGUUUUGAGGAAUAAUCACAUCUGAAUGUCGUUGUAAGAAUAGAAGGCCAGUGCUUUUUGAUUAUACCGUUACGAGAUGGAGUGGAGCCCUGAGGGACAGAAUGGAGAGUUCUGAGAUUACCAACAUUUCUGUUGAAUAAAGCAAGCACUUUUUGAAUAGGCAGUUCACUUGGUAUAGCUUGCUUCACUCACACAUCAAUUUUUAUUGUUCCCAGUGCUUUCCAAUGAAAGACUAGUGGGAAAGUGUCUAAGCAUUAGUAACUAGGCCUCUCCUUGCUAUCCAUACUCUGAAAGAUAAUUACACGAACUCCCUCACAGUCUCAGGAUAGCACAUACAAGGUGAAUAAACAUGAUUUUGUUUUAGAAAUUUACUGGUAAUUGAUUCUAGGAAUUUAAUAAGAUUUCAUAAUAGAUGAACAUUAAGAAAAUCAAAUUUUCCAUUCAUAUAAUUUUGACUUGUGUAUUAAACUGAAGAAAAUACAGUUUUAUUAAAUAGCAAAUAAAACAGACUUCAAACGAAAACAGUGUAUGAUGCCACUUUGCAGUAAAUGGGAAGAACACUGGAGACGGAAUGUUUUCAAAUAUUUUAACAAAUUUACUGGAGAUAAAAAUAAGCUUUCAGGGCUGGAGAGAUGGCUUAGUGGUUAAGCGCUUGCCUGUGCUUGCCUGUGAAGC